AUGGUGGACAUUAAUUUUUUUAUAACACAGGCUGCUGACACAGAUAUUUCAGCCUUAGUUGAAAUUGAGAAAAAUAGCAGACAUCGCUUUGAGUUCUUCAUGGAUCUUGUUGGGGAUCAGCCUAUCUGUGCUUGCACUGCCUGGGCAUGUAUGAUGAAAUCAGGUGGCCGCAUUUCACAUGCUUUGUCUGUGUAUAGUUGUCAACUUCGCCAUCCCAACCAGAAUGUUGUUGUGUUCCCUUCUCGUGCUGUGGCAAUAGAAAAUGCUCUUCAAUUGUUCUCACCGGCGCUCGCAAUUGUUGAUGAACAUUUGACCAGACACUUGCCCAAGCAAUGGCUAGAACAGAGUACAGUUACUGUGAUUGAGGCACCACGCCAGUCAGAUUUACUGAUUGAGUUGAUCAGGAAGCCAAAGCCUCAAGUUGUUGUUACUGGGAUGGCUCAAUUUGAGGCUAUCACAAGUUUAUUCCGAUCUGAAGUUUCUUUUGCCAUAUCUGAAGAUGCAGCUGUAUAUAAAGCAUUGUCACAAACUAUUGAGCUAUUAGAAGGCCACAUGUCUUUGAUCAGCCAGCACUAUUAUGGUUGCCUUUUCCAUGAGCUUCUGGCAUUUCAAAUUGCUGACCGGCAUCCACAGCAGGAGGAUGCUUUAUUGUGUUUUUCAAUGAUUUUGUAUAAUUGUGAGCAAGGUAAUAACGCAUCCAGAGCACAAGGAUAUUUGGUGGCCUUAUUAGUUUCCUUAACUUGUUAUCUUAUGUAUCCCUUGCUCUUUUUCAGAGGCACCGGCAGAAGUGAUACCUCAUCAGAUGAUAGGAUUUUCUGA